GGUUUGUCUUCAAUUACAUGCAUUUAAUUUAUUUCUAUGCGUAUGUUGUUGCUAAAAGAUUGACCACACUCAGAAACUAAGUUUUUUUGCAUGAAAAUGUACUCGCAAAUUUAGCGAAAAGGAAACUUUUCAAUCCUUGCUAAAAUUAUAGCGUUUCCCGCAUUUUUCACGCAAACACGUUGCGACUCGAUCGUUCCACAUGAUCGCAAGCUGAUGUUUUUCUUGUAACAAAAAUGGGGAACACACACGGACGGCGUUCGGUGCAAGGAAAGAAGCUUCGGAAAAGACCUCAUAGUAUAGCUGUGGAAAAACCAGAAACGUGGUCUUCGUCCAAACCUCAGCUUCUACGAAGUGCUAGUCAUGGGUCGAUUCGAAGGCGCUACAGUGAAUCGGGGAACUAUUCCUACAAGACACCCUGGCCUGUUCCCCUCAGUGAAGCUGUAUUUUUGCCAGAGUACGAUUCCAAGCAACCAGUCAAGAUCAGCGAUUUUGAGGUUUGUUGACAGAAAUAUAAAUUUAAAAUAGCCUCUGGUGGGUAUAAACACUUGAAUAAUGAACGAAGGAGCACACAUUUUCAGUACAACUGUUUGCUUGUACUUGGCAAUGUUUCAUUAUGAAUAUUAAAGGUCAUGGCAGUUUUUUGGAAACCAAGAGACUUUCCAAAAUUGGGAACGUCAAAAACAGAGCAUGGCCCUCACAGUUCUACUUUUAUUUUCCGUCAGAAGAUAUUUGUUUCCAUAUUUUGUAGCAAUUUUUCAAACUUGCAGCAUAUACGGUACAGUUUUAAUUCUGUUAAAAAUCACGCUGCUGUCCCAAAGUCGGCUGUUUUGAAUAUUAGUAUUAUUUGUCAUAGAAAAAGUCUUAGGUUUAUCCGUUAGCCGAUGUUGUCGACUUAAAGCAAAACUAUUUCCUGAAUUUUGAAAAUCGAUCCGAUAUCGCAGAACGUGUUAAAUUUAGGAGAGAAACCGACUUUGACUAUUUUAAAAUUAAAUUGAAUAUAAAAUUUGUGGAUGGCCGUGAUAGAAAAACCGCAAAUCAUAAAAGUGGUCUGGUGUUGAAAUAAACAACCUACACAUGAUACUCGACAUGGAAAUACUGAACAAAGAAAGGUCAUUGAAUUUUUUAUUAAAGUUUUUAGUUUUUAUUAGCAAUCUUUUAUUGCCUAUAUAUAUAUAUAUAUACAGCGAUAUUUUGCUUUCCGUGUUAGAGCGGUCUUGAGAGUAUUGUUAAUUUCCAUGACAGUGUUGUUAAUUUCCUUGAAUUCAAAAGCAUCUCCGGUUGCGGAAAGUUGUGAAAGUUACCGAUUUUGAUCUUAUUUUAAAAUGGGCGGGCAUUUAAAUCCGUGGUAGGUUUUUUUGUAUGAACUGCACGUUCUCAGCGGGAGAAAUUAAACCACAACGCAAAAAAGGUAUGCAAACAAAAAUUAACAAUGGUGUAAAAUGUAAGCACUUUUUCUAUAAUCUUGCAUAAAUUAUUAAAGUGAAAAAGAAGCUAAUUGUUGGAUAAAUGAAACAAGCAAGUACAACAUGUUGAUAAAAUAAGCAACAAAUAAUACAAUGAAAAUAGAAUUGUUUAGUAGAUAAACACCACCUCUGUUUUUCUUCUUAUUAAAUUUUGUGGGCAAAAACAUAUUUUUUCCUUUUUGCUUAAACAGCAAGAAAUUACAUUGAGAAUGAAAUAUUAUUUGGUUUAUAAGUAGUGACCUUGCUUUUUUGUUGUUUGUUUUUUGCAUACAUAAGCAAAAAAAAUCUCUGUUGAAUAGCACGGUUUCGAGGAUGGACACCUUUAGGACAGGCAUAUGUGUCUGGUUGAGAAAGAUGUCCGUCUUAUAAAGAGUCAACCAAAAGGAGUAAAGAAAGGCAGGGACCAACUCUAGAUUUUCAUUUCAGCAAGGUGUCUGUCUUAAAGAGAUGUCUGUUAAGAGUGGUCGACUGUACAGAUAAACAAGAAAAGCGCAUUUUGCAUACAUGAACCUUAUAAACAUAAAAUAUGCAUUUGCCCCAACUCCAACAAUGGGACAAGCAUAUGCAGGCUGCUUGGAGGGAGUCAGUCAUAAUUACAAGUAUCCAUCCCACAAUUUCCACAUUUAAAAAAUGCUAAGAUAUCAUAUCUGUAAACCCUGCUGCACUCGCCAAAAAGGGACAAAAUUUCUUUUAAAAAUAGUUAUGUAAAUUAAAGCAUGCAGAAUGAGUCAAGUCAUUCAUUCAUCACAUAAAACUGAUUGAGAGCUUUAUGUACUUGGGUAUGUAUAUAUGGACUAAAAAUCACACUCUUAUAAGGGACACAAAAAUUCUGUUUAUGUACUAAAUCAUAUUAUAUUUUUUAAAGUUUUAGUUUUAUUUCUACAAUUUUUAUUCUCUUGUUACAAAUUAUAAACUAGAAAAUUCAUGGUGUUAAAUUAUUCAAAUGUGCAUAGAAGUAAUGUUAGAUAAAUUUUUAGGAUUUUGACAUAUCUUUGUUUGUAGAUUCUGGCAACUGUUGGAAAAGGUGCAUUUGCUUAUGUAAGUUUGUGUUUUGCUUUUAAAUUAAUGCUCCCAAGAGAAAUUUAACCCGGAGGUUAAGUUACAAUAAUUAUGUAAUGGUAAACAAGCUUAUACCAAAUAAAUGUACCCUGGCAAAAGCUCAUCCUUUGUUUUAAAAUUUCUUACUUGAAAUAUAGAAAAAUGAAAAAUAUACCAGGUUCUGUUGCUGCGGGAAAUAUGAUAAUAAUUUUUAAUUUUGUGUGCUUGCAAAUACCUCAAAUGUAUUUAUGAGAAAAAUGAAAUUAACUUUAUAUGUCUACUUGUAUUCCACUAAUUCUAAUGCUUUCUAUAUGCAAAUUUAUCAGUAUUUACAGUAUUUUGCAGACUAUCUGUCUGUAUGUGGUUGACCUAUUUUACAUAUGAAUCAACUGCCUAAAAAGAAAGGAACAAAAGUGUAUUAAAAAAACUGUAUUUUUGUUAGAUUUUAUGGAUUCAACAUUUCUGUACAUUAUUUUUUCUCUUUUUGUCCAAGAGUACAUUCAUUUUAGAAUGUGGAAUAAAUAGAUUUUUUUCUUUUUAAGGUACUUCAAGUGAAAAGCAAGCAAACCAACAAACCAUAUGCAAUUAAGGUAUCUUUAAAUUAAAAUCUGAUAGCUUUACUUCCUUUUUUUCGUUGUGCAAGAGGAGUGUUGGAAACAUUAUACUUCUUUUAAAAUUCCUGCCUUAAGUUUGAUGGUGUUUGGUGGCCACUUUUCUGAAUUUGUCUCUCAAAAUUAUUGCAUCCGGUGCAUCCAGAGGAGAAAAGUGGUCAAAGUGAUAGUCAAGCCAUCAUUAAUUUGAUGAAUUUUAUUGAUUGCAAUAGAAUUUUUUGUUUUUGUCAAUUGAUCUGAUCUACACCAUUAGGUGCUUAAUAAAGCGGAAAUAAUCAAAGAAGAUGCUGUACAGCAAUGUAAAGAUGAAGCAAUUAUUCAGGUUAGUGAACUUUUAACAUAGAUAUUGAACUAGAGUGUGAAGGUACGACAUAUGACCUUCACCUCUUUUACCACAAAGGUCUUGAAAAUAUUAUUAAGGCGAAUACUUUUUCUUAUCACAGAAACAACAUUUUUUAACAUUAUAGCCAAGUAUAUUUCCACCAGGGUUAAAUGAAGUCUCUAUUUUUUGCUUUUUUUCCUUUGGGAGUUUCCUGACAAAGCGGAUGAAGAUACCAUCUGUUUUAAAAUGCUGUCUGGGAUGAAGCAAAACUUGAGCCAUGCUCGGAUUGGUCUCUUUUGGGGGUUUUAUUCCAUUUUUCCAACGAAAAUCUCCUUUCCGGCGGGAGUUGACCUCUCAGCUCUAGGCAUCAACCCUUAAAGCCCCACUAAGAUCGACAUGUAUUAAAUUCUGGAAACUGAUCUCCAUUCAUGUCUUUAAAGAAGUAGUCGAGAGAACUUUUAUAAAGAUCAUUUAAAGAAUUUUCCCUGAGGUUAUCAAUUUGCUAAACCCCAUAGCCAUCUCUCCAUCUUGAUCAUGAAUUGAUGUUAGGAGACAAUUAAUGUUGAGCAUAUAAACUGACAGUUGUGUUUGAUCAACAUACAGGCAAAACUUGGUGACUUUCCAUUUCUUGUCAAAACUUGGUACACAUGGCAGACUAAACACAAUCUUUUCAUUGGUAUGUAGAACUACCCAAACUAAUCCAGGGGAGCUUGGACCCCAUAUAAGCCCCAGGCUUCCAGUUCAGGCUUCCACCAUCUUUUUUUAUAUAUCUAUUUUCAGUAUAUUAGAGCGAUUUUCGUAUGACCUUGAAAUGAAAACAAGCGAACAAAACAGAAACAACAAACAAAUGGAAAUAGAGCAAUUUGAUUGGUUUAUUGAACGGAUACAAAAGCGCAUGGCUUUUGGUUGGUUGAACAAACGCUCGGGUUAAAAGAUGUCGUGCCUGAGAACUUUCUAGAAAUCAACCGAUCCUUUGCUUUGACAUCAUACUGCAACACGAUUGGCCAAUCGAACAAUGCCUUCACCAUACCAGGGUUUUCUUUGGCUGGAAAACAAAGAGGCCAUGUUUUGAUCUUUUCAUCUAUUGGCUGAUAAAAGAAAUAACAAACACUUACUGAAACCAUUUUUCAAGGUCAUAUGAAAAUCGCUCUAACCUGUAAUAUGUGACUGUGACAAAAACAAAACAAGUUAAUCAGCAAAUCAAACCUUAACAGUUACUUGUACAUUGAGUUUUAUAAUAUUAUUUCUGUCUCUUAUUUUUGACAAAUAAUCAUUUAGAAACUCCUCUUUCUAGUCUCAGAUUUUGUUGAUGGUAGCGAUCUCUACACACUAUGGCGCCAGGAAAAGAAGUUGCACAAUGAAAAAGUCAAGUUGUAUGCUGCUGAGCUGGCCAUCACUUUAGGUAAGGAAAUGUGUUUACAGAUCACCCACUUACCAAAGGGGGUGGGGGAAGGGGGGCAGGAUUCCUGGAAAAUUUAGUUGGGAUUUGUGCUACGGCUCCUGUAACCCUCAUACCCUAUUCCAGACUGACAUUUGUAAUGUUCUCUGCCCUGCUUUUUGUACCUCAGACCUGAACCACUCUUCAAAGACAGAAAUGAUGACAAAAAAGAAAACAAUGAACUCCAGACCCUGGCUUCAGAAAAACUUCACACACAAAUAGCUUAAGUCUAGACCAAGUUUAUACCAGAAGCAGGUCUCAAAAAUUGUCUUGUCUACCUUUUCAGGAUAACUGCAUGUAAGAAAAUUUUCUUGGUGUUCCAAAAAUCUUUUAAGUUCAGUGGAACCUCUAUUUUAGGGGACACCCUUGAGAUCUGAGAUAAGUUUCCCAUGAAUAGGUGUUCCUUAAAGAGAGAUUGGGCCAAGGUUUGUUAAUAUUUAAUUAACCAACCAAGAAAGUAUUUUUUUAAAUUCUGUCUUGGAAUGUGCAAAACAGCACCAAAAUCCUUGUUCUGAGGCCCACCUGUGUACAAGGAUUUGAGUACGCACCAUGAUUAGCCUGUUAAAAAGGCCAUCGUCGAUUUGCAAGUCAAGAUGAAGGGAAAUUCAAAAAGCUCUUCCAGUAAUUCAUUAAUUCUGUUGAGGGCCCAGAACAAGGAUAUCAGCACUGCUUCACUGACGUUACUAACCAAGGUUAAAUUGCAUCUGCGACACCGGCUAACAAUUGCAGUGCAUCGAUUUAAGUGACAGAUUGUUUAUGUUGUGAAAACUGCCAUCAUUGUGAUCAGUUCAGUUUACACUUUAACUUAUCAGCCCUCUUUGUGGUCAGUCAAAUUUUGAGUACCAAGGUGUCCCCUGAAUGGAGGUUUAACCGUAGUUUUGAGACCCAGAAAAAGUGCCCCCUUACGGUGAAUAAAGGUGCCCCUUCAACAGAGUUUGCGUACAUCUUGAAAGUCCUUGAAAAUUGCAGUCAGUGCUGGAAAGUCCCUGAAUUUCAAUGCUAACUUUGUAGUUUAAGUAGAACUCCAAAGAGAAAGGAGAAAACACAGAAAGACCUUCGGGAUAAAAUUGCUCAUGUUGUGGAAGAACUAAAAUUUCAAUAAUGGAGGUAACAGAUACAAAGAUUAUGUGACCAUUUUUCCCGGACCAAAUUUUGUGUCCCCUGAAUGGAGGUGUCCCUUGAAUAGAUGCUCCACUGUACCUGCACUUUCAUGAUUUCACAAUUGUAAUAUGCCUUUCUGUUUGCAGAUUACCUUCACAAAUCAGGAAUAAUCUACAGGGAUUUAAAGGUAAGCCUUUCUUAUUUUUCAAAUGGCACAUUCCUUUAUCCAGAAUAUAUUUUUUCUUUCUACCUUAAACGGUAGGUCUAUUUUUCUGACAACUCAUCUUUUAUCCUAAAUUUUUCCUCCUAGCUGGAGAAUAUUCUUUUAGAUGAAGAAGGUAAGAUUCUAAUCUUGUUUUCCCCACCCCACCCCGUAAAAGAAAAAUGCAGCCCACCUGCGUCAUCCGCUCGUAUCCUGAUUUUUCAGGUGGAAAACGGAGAUUUUUCUUCCCCUCUUCGAAAAAGUACGCGUUCGCACGUAGCGUAUUCGAAUAGUUUCAAAGGUCAAUUCUGAUUUUUUCUUUGCUACAUAAUUAAUUUUGUCCAAUUAAUAAUUCUCGCAGGCUUUUUUAGUUUCUGUUCUACCAUGGAAAUGUUUCGUCAUUACUUACAGUUCAUAUAGAAAUAUACAAAACUUUUUUUUCUCUAUGCGUUACACAAUAAAAUCAAGUUUUUAGUGUCGCGCAUUAGAGAAGGGAGAGUUUGUCUUGAAUGAGAUUUUCGUCGCUGUUGUAGGACACGUCAAGCUGGUCGAUUUUGGUCUAUCAAAGUUAGUGAAACCGCGGGAACGAACCCGUACCAUCUGUGGUACCUUGCAGUACAUGGGUAAGAACAAUACGCUUUUAUAAGACUGGCAAUUUCUUUAUUUAUAACAAUGUUAUGUGAGAAGUAAGUGUUGAUGUUGGCCUAGGGUAGUGAAUGAGCACCUCUCACGCUCACACAUGUUUUAGAUGGCAACUUCGCUAUUCUUAGCUUGUCCCAUUUUUCCGGCUUAAAGAACGACAAAUACACGUCGGGAGGAUCGACUUACUGAGUCCGUGCGAACUCCCCUCGGGCGCAUCGAAUUUUGGGCGACACGAACUGUUACCUUCCGACUCGAUGUAAUACCUUUGACUCUUGAAUAAUCUCUCAUCCUUGCCCGGUGUAUAACAAACAGUAGUGAGCUUAAGCAACGACGUCGGCGACGGCAGGGAAAACGUCGAUAAAAAAAUUUAAUUUUUGUCCUUUCAAACUUUAUUGCCUCUUUUUGGACUCGGUCACUUUGUCAAAUGCAGGCGAUUUUUCCUUGAGUUGAAUCCUUAGGACUUUAUCCAUAUUAAAACAGAGAAAGGAAAUUUCAUCGUCGUAUGUUCACGUCCUCCAUGAAUCGUCGCACUAGGAAGUUUUACGUCGAAGUCGGGCAGUGGACGUCCAGGAAAUGUACAAAAAACAUGAUGCACGUACAGAGCUGUUUGAUUUGUCGUGGUUGCUUAAGUUCCCUACUGUAUGCUUUCAUCCGUCCCUUUCUGUCAUGUUUUUGUGUUUUGGAACCUGAUUCGAAAAAAUAGCUCGUUAAUACCAGCCGGUAACUCUCUGAUAGAAAUGGUCUAACUUUUAACUGUGUGGUAAAAUGUUCGUUCUCGUUUCGUUUUCUGUAGCUCCUGAAAUCCUGAGUGGAGAAACGUAUACUCAUGCGGUUGACUGGUGGAGUUUAGGUGUGGUCAUGUAUAUCCUUCUGGUGGGAAAGGUGAGAUUUCUGAGGGUCAAAAUUCGUCCUCGGUCAAAGUUUUAGGAGGAAGAAUUAGCGCAAUUGGUUAGUGCGCGUUCGAUUCCCAGGUGUUAUCACAAAUCCUUCUUUCGACUUCUUUCGUUUCCGUGUAUGUUGAGUUAGCUUUAAAUACCCGUAAUAUGCAACAGAGAUGGAGAGAACGGGGAGGGGGUAAAUGAGGGCACCGUCGGUCUCAGGUUUGUUACUGAGUCAGAUGACUAUUUCGAGCUACCGACGUAAAAUAAAUUUUUUUUUGUUAGUUCGUUUUCUCAGCUUUCCUCGCGGUUUGGGCUAAAAUGAGUCUGAUUCGGGCCCAAUACAUAUUUAUGCCCGCGAACAUAAAUUAAUUUUUUUCCUUGACAAAAUAAAAAUCUACUUUUAACGCACUUUAUAACACCACUUUCAGUAUCCAUACCCUGCAACACAAGAUCACGCUAGUCAGCACAAGUUGGUCAGCGCUGUCGAGUUUAACUUUCCUUCGGAUCUGUCAAGCGGCGCUGUUAGCAUUAUGCAAAAGGUACAACUGAUUUUAUAUCAUUUUAUAAAUCCUUCUUGUCAUCUGUUCUUUUAUAAACGUCUGAAACAUCGUUUUUCACUGGCUUUGCCUUACCCAAUUUCUUAACUAGGAAAGAGAGUUUUAGAGCUGCAAAUAACUUUUCCUUUUUAAUAUCCCACUACCACACCAUUUAAGUCCAAAAAAAAAAAACAAAAAAAAACGUGUAGACAUACAUUAAUUUACUAUGUACAUCUUUGCAUAAAAUGAUGAUCGUUGGUAUUUGAUCUGUCCGACUAUCAUGUCUGACCGUAGGGACACAGGCAAAUGUAAAUAUCCACUUCCACGAUCAGGAGCAAAAGUAGUUUACACACUUGUUUAGAACGGGUGCUUUUAUCAAACAUUUAAUUCAUGUAUUAUUUCAUUCCUUUUACACGCCAUAAAUGCCCUCAACCCCCCGAAUCAAUGUUGUCUGAAGUAAAAGAAAGACUUGAGGGUCCAAAAUACAACAUUGAUUUUGGGGGGAAGGGGUGGAGGUAGACAGGGGAAGGGGAUAGGUAAGUCCACUAUUCAAAAAGGGGCCAUUUUACGGAAGUGUCUCAUGCACUUUUGUCCCUCAUUGUAGCUUGGGAAAUUAUCACGUUCGAGUUCGGAGAGGACCGCGUCGGAGCUCAGAUAGUUAACAGUUAAAUUAUUUCGCCUUGCCGUUCACUUUCUCAAGAAAAAUGAAACUUUCGUCAUUUAACGUCAUAAUGAAGGUGCUUAAUUUCAGUUUUAAGUAAGCACUUUUCGUAGCGCAAUUUUUCAAGUUUUCCUUCAAGUGUGCCUUUACGUGUUGCGAUGUUUUUUUUCUUUUUUCUCACUAGCUAGACAGGCCCCUUUAAAGAGCUGGAGAGAAAAAAUUGCUUUUCUGGUGAUAUUUUUUAAUGUUUCUUUAACAGCUGCUACAGAAAGAUCCCUCGUUAAGGUUAUCAAGUGUGGAAUCUUUGAAGACAGAUCCAUAUUUUAGCGACUUAUCAUUCGAGGACGUAUUGCAAAAGAGGGUCAGUUGACGAGUACUUUGUCUUUUGUGUAGAUAAAAAUUUCUUGUGGAAGCCAACCUUUUCUUGUUGAAUUCAGCCUUGUUCUUAAAUCGCUCGGGAGCUCGACUGUGCAGGGGAUAGAGUCUACAAUCAAGUUUGACCUUGAACAUCGUACGUUUUUCACCCGCUCCUCUGCUCUUUUGAGACCCGUGCCGCCUUCCCUAGUCCCCUCAUUAUGCGUUUCGGGUCACGUGGUGCGAAAGAGUUUUUGUACGUCUCGUAUACGUCACCGAAAUGAAUUGACCGAGAAAGCCUGGGAAGACGCCGUAUAAGGACCAGGUAAUGUACCGCCUGCAGUUUUGUUUUAAAUAUCCUUCCACCUCGUUUAUGUUCCAAGAAGCAAGAAAUCCUCUUUGAAACUUCAUUAGUUUCAUCAGUAAUUUAUCCUAUAAAUUAAUCCGCUGUUUGUUGGCAUUGCUUGAUUGUUUACCAAUUUGUAUGCUGUUCUACUUUCACAGCAAUCGCCAAUAAGCACAGAAACACUGAAGAUGUUACGGAGAAGAAGUGUUGCGUCCAGAACGUAAGUACUGUGUUGUGUUUUUCACUGACGAUUGAGCACUUUUCGAAAAACACAUUUUACCAACGCACUCUUGAACUAUUGUAGGAUGUUUCCAAGAAAGGUGGAGUGCAGUCGACGUGAUAAGAAGGUGAGCUAUCAAGAUUCCUGUUUCUGUUGAACUUCUUUUAAAUAAAAUUUGUUAUCUUACUUAGCUAUUGACAGCAAAUGAAACAAACCAAUUACAACUAGAUAAAAAGAAGUUUAACGCAUAUUACUGAAUAAUAUGUACCUUUAGCUAGAAGUUUAACCAGUUCCAAGGGCUACAAAAUCCGGUAGUAUGUCCAGGGAAACAUUAUCACCUUAUUAGCUAUAGAAAGAGCAGAAAUUUUCUUAAUAAGCCAAUGUGUUUCGUGAGUUCAUAAGUUGAAGAAAGCUAUAGUAUUUCUUAAUCUGUCUAACACUUUGAGUGAUUCCUUAUUUUCUAUAAUGCAAGGAAAAUGGAAGCAUCAGUAAUUAAUAGUAACAUUUCUUUGCAACCUCCUCUCUCAUUUUUCUUAGCCUCGUCCACUAUCAUGGGCAAGUCCAGGAAACUUCACCGUCCACGACAAAACACAUAUGGAUUGGCUAGUGGCUGAUCUUGGGAGCCUGCACACCCUUAAACUCAGCGGUAAUUCCCAGGAGGGCACAAGAACUCAAUGUCUUGUAGCGUCAUGAACUUGCUCAGCGCAGGCACUGCGCAGUGAGAAGUGAAAAGAAAGAUUAGAUAUUCUUGCAAAAGAACUUCAUUUAAAGCAGCUUCUGUUACGUUAUUUCAUGAACGUUAAGAGUCUACGCUACAAGUCUGCAGAGUGAUUUUGAUUUUAUUAGCUCACGUAGUGCUGAAAACACAAGAAGCACAGUUACGAUAUCGCUUGUGCUGGAACGCAAGGACACUGGUGCGCGGGAAAAGUGUAUCCACCCAGCGGCAAGCGCGGGAAAGCACCUGCGUGAAAGAUACGUAAUGUAAGACCAUUACAUUCAAGUCACCGUAUUUUGUCGCUACAAUCCAUGAGUUAAGCCCUUGUUCACAGAAAUGGGGGAACGCCAUAAUUUACGUUACACUUGGGACGAUCCGAUCUUUCGUCUUGUGUCUGUCUGCGUAGCCUUCGUAAGCUUAACGUAAUUGAAAUACUCUAUACCUAAGAAUAAAGUCGUACACUUAAUAUAUCUGGAGAAACCAUGUACAAAAAAGAAAAAUUAAGUUAAUUAUUUGACCAGUGUUGCAGUUUUAUCGUAAUUCAUUCCUUAAAACUUAAAGAGGUUCGAUAUGUUUUCAAGAACAGAGUCACUUGCUCCUACAGUUGUCGUGUAGGAUGGUCAGCCGAUGACCAAACAGAGAGCUUCAUUGGCACAUCAUCUACCUUCACAGCCGUCCAAUUAGAGGCCGUACGAUACUACGACGACGAUGGCAAUAGGAAAGUCAAAAGAAAAACAAUAACAACAGGGUUUGGUAAGCAAAACUAUAACUCUGACUGUAAGUUAAGGAAGAGAGAGAUGUGGUUACAAUCUUCACGCGCAUUCCUGAUUACUCGGCAUCAAGUGCAAAACAAACUGAACUAACUUGACGGAUUGUAAAUAAGCGUACUAUAUGACUUUAUUUGAGCUAGGCUUGCUUAAAGCCGCUUCUAUUUAUUACUGGAGAAUCUCUUUAUCUUUCUUGGGCUCCGUUGUUGAAUGAUAACAGUUUUGUUAGUUGCGAUUCAACUUUGUCGCCACGGCACAUAGGUUUAAGAUAUAUGACAGGGAUGUAAAAAAUACUUGCGCGCCUGGAAAUAAACAUGUUGUCAAAAACAAGUAGAAAAAAAAAAAAAAUUAUAUUUCCCACUAUGAGUGGUAUAUGCUGUAGUGGACUGUAGUCUUUUGAUGCUGAAGUUGUAGUGAAUUUGUGACUUAUAGCCUUGUUAGGUCUUCGGCUUCAAAAUUUCGAGAUCCAUCGUGUUGGCCCUACUUGUCGCACUUAUGGUGAAGGUCCCGAAAGAUGCCAUUUUAAUCUUUGUGCGUUUACGAAAACCUCGGUUUUUGGUCGUUUUGGUAUGGACGAAAGAUCCUUGGAGGGCGUGAGAAACGUUCGAGUCUCCUCGAGUUCUUCUCUUUGUUCAAACGAAACCUCGUAAUAUGCAGGC